AUGAUCGGAUUCCUUUUAGCUCAAACUCUUUCCAUUUCUGUCACAAGUACAGGAUACUAUAAAGAAUACAUUUACUCUUCCUCAAGCAAUACUUUAAGCUUCCGCCUUCCCUUUGAUAGUUCUUCAAAUUAUUACAUUGUUUUCACAAUGAAGGAUACUUCACUCCAAUUGGAUUCAACUUCAAUUGAUAAAACAGUUUACCAAAUUAGCAACCUGUCCGCAAUUUAUUCGCUUUCAGUUUCCAAUUCUGGAACUCUUUCAUUUGGUGUUUUUCGUGUUCCACAAACGCGUGAUUGUCUUGAAAUCUGGAUUAACCCGUACUCAUCUUCACGUCAAUAUACUAUUGCAAAGAUUCGACAAAAUACUUUCAAAAGGUAUGUAUUGUUAAUAAUUUGUGACCAUUUCUUCGAAAUUACUGUUCAUCAUUCCGAUUAUAACAGCAUUUAUGGCAGUACUGAUGGAAGUCUCCCUACAUCCUCGUUCAAUUCUGCAUCUAAUGUUCAUAUUGCUACCUUGCAAUAUGAAAAAGAAGCGCAAACACUUCCAGAUACAUGGUACGAACUCAACACAAAUGCCGAUUAUAGCAGUGAAUACGAAUAUUAUGAUGAUAAAGGUGGAAAUGUUGUAUUUUCAGAUGGAAUUUAUAUCAGGACUCUUCCAGAAAGGGAAGAACUAAAGCCGCAACCUGAAAAAACAACUGAUAUAUAUCCCCUUAUGUCAUACGGCCCUAAAUCAAUAAGCCUUUCCAAUGAAUAUACAACAUACAUAGUUUCACCAAAUACAACAAUUGUUUUUACAGAACCAGAUGAUUUCGAAGGUAUUGCAAAAGUUGGCGCACAAACUUUGAAUAUUCUUGGAAGUACAAGUAUCAGAGCUGUUGAAUUCAGAGAAAAGGGAACACUCCAACUUUCAACAAGAUCUUCAAAGACUGUUUACUUCGUUGUUUAUAACUAUUCAACUAGUAAUUGUGAUUCACUUGCCAUUAUCUCUGGAUCUAAGAAAUUCAAGUUAAAUAUACAAAGGUAUUUCUAUUACUGUGUAUUUUCAGCUUUCUACUCCGGAAAAUCAAAAAUUGAAACUACCGAUGUUGAACACAAAUCAUAUGAUACCUAUCAUUACCCUCUGUAUGAUUCCCAAUCGAGUUAUGAAACAGUUACUAAACCAUGUGUUACAGAGCUUGAAAAUUAUUAUCAUGAUGGUGAAAUAAUUUUUAAUAAUGAUGGUAGUUCGAAUGAUGAUGAUUAUGUAAUUGAUGGAAGUUCUUCAAAAUAUGAUUUCUAUUUCAUUAAUUCAAAUACUUCAAAGAAACUUAACGAUGGUAAAUCAAUUGGAACUGUUAAUGGUAUUCCAGGAUAUGUUAUUGGUAUUAUUGUUACUAUUGUUAUAAUUGUAGUUAUAGCCAUUAUUAUCACAAUCUGUUGUUGCGUUUGCUGUAAAAAGUCCGGAUGCUGUUGCGCUCGAACUUCAAGUAAUGAUAAUCCGCAGAAUAGUAACAGGCGUGAAAAUGUACCAGAACAUUCAGCUCCACGUACUUCUGCAAAUUCAAAUACAACUGUUGCUGUGGAAACACAUAAUGUUAUUGCUACUUCUCCACCUCCACAGCAACCUCAACAACAACCACAACCACAGUAUUAUCAGCCACAGCCUUCUUAUGUUCCUCCUGCACAACAACAACAACAGCCUACUCCUUAUGGUGCUCCUCCAGAACAGCCUUAUCCAUAUGGUGCACCUACUCAACAGCCUUAUCCAUAUGGUGCACCUACUCAACAACCUUAUCCAUAUGGUGCUCCUACACAACAACCUUAUCCAUAUGGUGUUUCUCCUCAGCAAGCUCCUGUUUAUGGCGCUCCUCCACCUUAUGCUCCACCACCAUCUUACACAGCACCAGAAACAAAAGAUGACUAUGAUAACCCUUACCAAUAG